AUGUCUGUUGAUAGUGUAGCUCAGAGUCCUCGUCACAGACAGAAAGUUAUGAGUGAGGCGAAAUGGGAUCAGCCUGUGCGUUCUGACCGGAUUCCCUGCGUCGUGGAGAUGAUGGUGGAACGGCAAACUCUGGCUUUACUGAAAGGAUCCCUACCCAGAGCCAACUCCCCAAUCGUAAGCCAAGCCAGAUCCUCCAGCAGUGUUCCAGAAGCAUCUUUACCAGAUGACAGGGGACAUGCCCAACCUCAGGUUCGUCCCCAGACACUCCCGUUGAAUGUCCAACCUCAAACCAGUCCAGCCAAAGACCACGUUCUGUCACAGCCUCAGAUCAAACCCCCUGUGCAAACACAAUCUCAGUUUAAGCCACCAUUUAAGACUCCAGUGCCCUACCAGACUCCGUCUCCGCCUUCACAACGCCUUCCAGUUCCUCAGCCAUCUACAAUAGCCAACAACCCCAAUGACCAAACCAAGGCCUCUUCUAGACCUUCCAGCUCAGUAAGUAGCGCAAACUCCAGUCUGGAACGAAGUCGACGUGAACCAGAUGUGUUGCCCUUGCACCGUGUUGACUCCAGUGGCCCAGUGCUGCAGUCUUCCUCCUCCCAAAACUCCUCUCUGGGCUCCACCACACCAACCAAGGAAGACCAGUUGGACCAGCUUUAUGCAGAGACUAUCAACCGUCAUGAGAACCGGCGCUACCUCCCUUUCCUGCCUGGCACAGGGCGUGACAUUGAUACGGGUUCAAUUCCAGGUGUGGAUGAGCUCAUCAAGAAGUUUGACAGCAAAGAGACUCAACAACGUAGGGGUCGGUCAGGGCGGAGGAAUCGACUUAACCCAGAAGACCGCAAGCGUUCCCGUAGUGUCGAUAGCGCCUUGCCAUUCGGUCUUGGGGGUGAAUCUGACUACUUGGAUGAAGUUAGUCGGAAUCGAGGCAGGUCUACAGAGCAUCUCCUUCGCCCAUCACUGCUCCUGCAGAAGGCCGCUGGAGUAAAGACCUCCCCCAUGUCGCCAACUUCCACUGUCGGACCCAGGAUAAACCUAAGAAGCACAACACAAGUUAAAAGUGCUCCAGGCUCUCCUCAGGGCACAGUCUACAACUCUUCAGCUGCUAUUUUAGGGUACAAGAAUCCCCAGAGUCGUCCCUCUGUAGCACCUGUAGAGAAUAAAAAUGAAGAGGCCAAACCAUCACAGGGUAUGAAGUGCCUGUCAAGUGUGAAAAUGGGAUCAAUUUCUCGUCCCGCUGUCAAUGAUAAAACAUCAAGCACUGAAAUGGAUACUCAGGUGACGCCUGAUCUUCUGAAAGGUCAAGAAGAGCUUUCACAACAAACAAAUGAAGAGACUGCCAAGCAGAUAUUAUUCAGUUACUUCAAAGAUGGUGUUCACUCUUUUUCUGAGAAGUGA